AUGAACGCCCAGCGGGUAGGCGUGAUGGCGCUCCGGAGAGCUGCCGCCAAGCCUUCGAUGGCCCUCGUCGCCCCGAGCAUCGCCCGCGGCCUCAUCGUCCGCUCCGCCCUCCAGGCCCAGGCCCUCCAGUCCCGCGCCAUCACCACCCAGAAGCUCUCCCACGACGAAGCCAACAAGGUCCUCGCCUCCCAGCGCCUCAACCGCCCCGUCGCGCCCCAUCUCACCAUCUACGACCCGGCCCAGAUCUGGUACGGCGCCUCCAUCAUGCAGCGCUACACCGGCAUGGCCUAUGCCGGCGCCUUGUAUGCGGGCUCCCUCGCCUACCUGGCCGCCCCGCUGCUCGGCUGGCACCUCGAGUCGGCCAGCCUCGUGGCCUUUGCCGCCAGCCUGCCCGUCGCCGCCAAGGUGGGCUUCGGCAAGGCGGACAUUGCCAAGGCGACGAAUGCCAUCUGGGUGGCCAGCGUGAUUGGCAGCCUGGGCCUGGCUCUGCUAUGGUAG